GUGAAAUCUUCACGCUCAUCAGCUGCCGCUCGCCCCUCUCCCGGCGUUUCUUCCCCAAGUUCUUCUUCCUCUUCUUCCUCCUCUUCCACGUCUACUUCUUCACCUUCACCUACGGCUUCUCCUACCUAGCGUUCGCCACAGCAGCGGCCUUCCUCAACCACAUCGCCAUCUUCCUCUGGAACCGAUGCGAGAGCGAGCACCAGGAGCCGCCACAGCACGCGCUGCAGCAGCAGGGAGGAGGGGGAAGGCCAGGCAGACACAGGGGGGCCCCUGCUGCUAUUGCUGCUGCCGCUGGUACUGGGAACAGCAGCGGCGGCGGCAACAGCGGCAGCGGCGGCGGCGGCGGCAGUGGUGGCAGCGGUGGUGGCGGCGGCAGUGGUGGCAGCGGUGGUGGUGGUGGCGGCGGCAGUGGUGGCAGCGGUGGUGGUGGUGGUGGUGGCAGCGGUGGUGGUGGUGGUGGUGGGUGGUGGUGGUGGUGGUGGUGGUGGUGGUGGUGGUGGUGGUGGUGGUGGAGGGGGGAGAAGUGGGGUUGGUGGUGGUGGCAGCAAUGCUGGGAGUGGCGGCAGUGGUAACACCAGCGGACGAACAGGUGGUAACAGCAGUAGUGGCACUAGUGGUGGCAGUGGUAAUAGCAGUGGCAACGGCAGCAGUGGUAGUGGUGGUGGUGGUGGCGGGGGUGGCGGCGGCAGUGGCGUCAGCGAAAGGGGUCAUGCAAAAGGGAAUGAUGGGAGGGGCAAUGGGCAUGGGAGUCACUCUCGCUCGGGUCUGCAAUCACUGCAGCAGCACCACCAGUGGCAGCUGCAGCAGUUGCAGCAGCAAUGCCACUCGCAGCAAAGCUGUCUGCACCACAAUCACUCUCAGCUGGAAGCCUCAAAAGAAGCUUCAAGGACUUCAAGGGAAGCUUCGAACAAAGCUGCACGCGAAGCUGUACACGCCAUGAGGCUUACGAGCCCCAUGCACUCUUGCAACCACCUGCUACAGCCUCCCCGCUCUGCAGAUUCGGCUCUAGAGCACAGCAGCAGCCAGCGCUGCCAAGAGCCGCAAGUGCCAAUGCAGCAAGUGCAGGAGCCAGAGCAGGAUGAGCAGGAAGGGGAGCAGUACGCACAGCAGAGGGAGCCGCAACUACAGCAACACAUGCACGACCCCCACAGUCAGCACUGUUCGAACCACAGUCCGUUGCAGGUCGACUGCCCCUGUGUCCCACCCCCAUCACCAUCCUCUCUCCAACCCUCCAGCUCUCCACUGCACCGUCCUCCUCUGGCCCCCCUCUUAUCUCUCCUCUCACCCUGCCACUUUCUUGUCUGCCAUCUUAACCCCUGCCCCAUUUUACACUCCCCGCUUCCAAGUCCACCUGAUCCUGUUGUUGAUCCUCCCUCCUGCUGCACCACUGCUGCUGUUGACCGGUGUAGAAGUUUUCAAGACACAGCCGCUGGUUCCUGCAGAACCAGCAGCUGCAGAAGCAACAGCCAAACUGGCAAGAAUUUCAGCAUACUGUGUAGCAGGGGCAGCAUGGAGGCCAGAAACAGCCACUCUACCAGAAGCAGCAGCAGCAGCAGCAGCAGCAGCACCAGUACCACUGGUGCUACUGCUGGUGCGUCUGCUGCUGGUGUUGCUGGUGUUGCUGGUGCUGCUGGUGCUGCAGCCGAAGCACGUUGGAGAUGCCAAUUUUGCUCGUGCGAUUGCGAGGGGCUGCAUGAACUUGAAACCAGCGCGUGGGGAUAUGGGGGGGCAUGGGAAGGGGAACAGUUAUGGGAUGGAAGGGAGGAGGGGAUGUGUGAUUGCUAUUGUGGGAUGGGGAGGAGGACGCAUGGGUGUGAUUGGGUGGAGAGAACGGGAGAGGGUGAUGAUGGUUCAAGCGUUGGGACCGCAUGUGUGCAUGCGCAUGGGGUCAAAAGUUGCGACAGUCAUGGGGAGGAUGAUGAUGCUCGUGCUGAUGAUUCUGAUGAUGAUGAUGAUGAGGAGGAGGAGGAGGAGGAUGAUGGCAGUGAUGGUGCGAGGACCAGGGAGCGGAACAAUGAACAUUGCAACGGCCCUAUUCACGCAGCCUUUCACUAUCCUUCGCGAACAACACACGACAUGCCCCUACCGCGGAGCAGACGAAGCAGCAAGGAGCACCAGCGCAAUUCUGGGACCAAAUACCCCUCUGGGUCAGUUUAUACAGGAGCCACAGGGGGUGCAGGAGGCGACUGCUCUAGUGGUUUGCAUAUCCGGCAGAGAGUGCUCUCCCUUCCCGAGCUCCACCAGUUACUACCAACCCCCAAUCUGUCAGCACCAGCAGCAACCAAAGAGCCAGGCAGGCUGCGACCAAGAGCGCAAAUUUUGCAGGAGGCCCAGAACUGGCAGCAGCAGACCCUUCACCGCGGGAGCAAAGGUGCCUUGGGCAUCGGCUGUAGCGGGAAGAGUCGACAUGCGGACUACUGUUGUGGUUACAGUUACAGGCGGGGCCACAGCCACAAAGGGGGGUACAGCAACCAAGGGAGCUACAGCCACAAAGGGGGUGACAGCCAGAGUGGCAGCAGUGCUGGAAAUAGUGCCAGCAGUACCUAUACGAGCCGAGGGACCACCAGUAGUGGGAGGAGCUUCAGCCGGUGCUACAGCUCCGACUGGCUGCCUAUGGCAGUGCUGAUUAAUUGACAGAUUGAUCAAAUCACACUCAUGAUGGAGGGACGUUUGACCGACGAGUGUAUUUCGAGCGCAGCGUGUGCCGUGUACCACAAAUAAAAUGUUAUUGGCUUCUUUGUGGAAUGGA